AUGACAGAUGCAGCAAAGAUCAACUACACCUCUGGUAAUCAGACCCUGAAUGAAAGUGACACAUUAAAUGCAAAGUGUGUGGCUGAUGGUAACCCAACACCAAAUAUCACCUGGACAAGAGUUUCUGACAACAAAACGGUGUCCUUCCCUCUCAUCAUCAGUGGUAAACAAGAUGAAGGAGGCUACAAGUGCACUGCCAGUAAUGGUGUUGGAAGCCCUGAUAGCAGGAUUUUCAAUGUUUUUGUGCAGAACUACCAUCCAGUAAACACCAUUGUGACAACUAAUCUGACUAACAACACUGUUCUUGUGAAUGAAACGUUCAGUAUCACCUGCAGUGCACAAGCCAACCCACCUGCAAAAUAUCAAUUUUACAAAGGUGAUGAGUAUAUCAAUGGUGCCUACAACGAUGCAGUAAUUAUAGCUUCAAUUACUGAAACAGUAAAGAUGGUGAACUACAGCUGCAUUCCCGUCAAUUUUCAUGGUAAUGGAACACAAAGAACACUAGCAGUGACAGUACACUAUGCUCCUACUGGCACAAAACUAAUUUCAGUUCCCAGGAACGUCACAGUGCUUCGCAAAAGUCUCCUUAGCUUGAUUUGCAAAACUGAUGGUAGUCCGGAAGUUGAAUUUUGUUUGUAUUUCAACGGUCGCCUCAUCAAGACCAGCGAAUCAGGAAGAUUUCAUGUUUCAGUGACGUCUGAUGGUUCCUACACGUGUGUUCCUACAAACAGAGUUGGCGCGGGAAAGAAUGCUAGUGUCAGUGUCACAGCCGUUGAUGCUCCAAACGUCACAGUUUCACCAGAAGUAAAAACCGUCGUCGAAGGGAGCAACUUGAAUUUGACAUGUGCUGCGUCUGGCCAACCAAAACCCAGCAUAAAAUGGACUAAGGUUGGCAGUUCUGACUUUCUAUCUAAUGCAUCGCUGCUCACUGUUGUGAAUGUAACCAGACCUAGGACAGCAAACAGCAGAAUCCAGUAUCAGUGCAUAGCUAGUAAUGGAGUGGGGACACCUGCUACAGCUACAGCCAGUAUCGUAGUGAACUAUCCAGCGAUGAUCACAAACCCUGGAAAUCAAACAUUUAGUAAGAAACCUGGAGAAGAGGUUAGCUUUUCUUGUUAUAAAGACGGUUACCCAACACCAACAGUUACCUGGACAAAGGACGAUGUCGUCAUGAAUUGGAAGUCUGAAGAUAACCCCAGUAAAGUGAUUUUUCAAGUAAAAGAGUCCAGCCCUGGUUGGUAUCGCUGCAAAGUCGAAAAUGAAUUGAACAUGGUUUUCAAAUGGUUUCACCUCAUUGUAUCUGACGAUAAAUUCAACAUAAAGUUAACCGUCACGAACAGAGAUUGCAGCGGUAAUCUUCAAGAAACCCUUCAGCAACUGCAGUCUAAAGUAGGUGAAGUUCUUAAAUUACAGUUUCCGUCUUUGGAAGCGGUAGAAGCUACAAAGUACAAGUGCGGCAGUAUAACUGUCUAUCUCUCAUUGGAAUUCAAUCAAAAUGAAGAGAUAAGCAAAGUUCUGUCAGUUCUAAGCAAGGCUGUUACACCUGGAGGCAAAGGUAUUGGAGACUUUGCAGUUGACCCGGGAUCAAUCCAAGCGAUAUCUGAUGAUGAGAUACCUUCUGAUGCACCAUCUAGCACCACAAAAACAACCAUUACCUCAGAAGACCCAAAAGAGAUGAACAUUUGUGAAUGUUCUUGCAAACACGUGUUACUUGGAUCCAUCAUCGGAGUUCUUCUUCUAUUCAAUCUCAUUCUCGUUAUCCAUGUGGUUUGGAUCCACAAAAAAGACACUGCGGGAAAGCGAAGACGAAAUGAAGACAGCAGAGAGGCAUAUUAUAACGAAAUGGCGAUGAAGGAUCAGGAGGGCGACCGCUCAGAUGCAAGACAUUUUAUCCAGUCUCGCGCCGAAUACAUGGAUCUCAAAGAAAUAAGUGCCGAACGCAAUACUAAGGAACAAAGCACUCAUCAAAUGGCUGAUUACGCGCCUCUCCAUCCAUCAACACGCUCUUGGGAGGUGCCAAGGGAUCACGUGUCUGUAGAAAAAAUCAUUGGUAAAGGUGCUUUUGGUCAGGUUGCUAAGGGAACAGCUGAGCAACUUCGUGGGAGGCCUGGGACAACUACAGUGGCUAUUAAAAUGCUCAAAAGUAACGCUGCAGAAUCUGACAAGAGAGAUUUGAUGGCGGAACUUGACACAAUGAAGCAGCUAAAACCACAUCCUCACGUCAUCAAACUUUUGGGAUGUGUUACGGAAUCUGAGCCACUGCUGGUGUUGAUAGAAUAUGUUCCUUUUGGAGACCUGCUGGGUUACCUGAGAAAGAGCCGUGGAUUAAAUGACACUUACUAUAAAGACCCGGAUAUCAAACCACAAACAAACUUGAGAUCACAGCAGCUGAUGAAGUUCGCAUGGCAAAUCGCUGAUGGCAUGAGUUACUUGUCGUCAAAAUCCAUCAUCCACCGAGACCUCGCAGCUCGUAACGUGUUGGUCGGAGAAAGUGAAACUUGUAAAGUAACAGAUUUCGGAAUGGCUAGAAAUGUGCAAGAGGAAACUAUCUACGAGAGAAAGACAAAGGGCCGCCUUCCAGUAAAGUGGACAGCUUAUGAGGCGCUGUUGUAUGGAAAAUAUACAACCAAAAGUGAUGUAUGGAGCUAUGGAGUUGUCCUUUAUGAGAUUUUUACAAUAGGUGGUUCACCGUAUCCGCGGAUGGAUGGCAGGAAGAUUGCCAACUUACUUCAGCAGGGAUACAGAAUGCCUCAGCCACCACAUGUGGAUGAUAAGUUGUACGACAUAAUGUUGAGAUGUUGGCAAGAUGACCCGGGUACAAGACCAACCUUCUUUGAUCUAAGAAACCAGCUCAAAGCCAUGGAAACAUUGCACAAGAGGCUGAUCAAUAUGAAAAUCUACGACAAGCAGUUGUACGCAAACGUUGAGGAUUUGGCAUAG